CUGCGGCAGGGCCGGCCCGACAUGGCGGAAGAGGAGGUGGCCAAGCUGGAGAAGCACUUGAUGCUUCUCCGACAGGAGUACGUGAAGCUGCAGAAGACGCUGGCGGAGACGGAGAAGAGAUGCGCGCUUCUGGCUGCACAAGCGGACAAGGAGAGCAGCAGUGAGUCCUUCAUCAGCCGCCUGCUGGCGAUCGUGGCUGGCCUCUACGAGCAGGAGCAGUACAGUGAUCUGAAGAUAAAGGUUGGGGACAGGCACAUCUGUGCCCACAAGUUUGUGCUGGCGGCCCGCAGCGACAGCUGGAGUCUGGCUACUUUGUCUUCCACCGAGGAGCUGGACCUAUCAGAUGCCGACCCAGCGGUGACAAGGGCGAUGCUGCGCUGGGUGUACACGGACGAGCUGCAGUUCCGGGAAGACGACACGUUCCUGACAGAGCUGAUGAAGCUGGCGAACCGGUUUCAGCUGCAGCUCCUCAGGGAGAGAUGUGAGAAGAGCGUCAUGUCUCUGGUGAACGUCAGGAACUGUAUCCGCUUCUAUCAGACUGCGGAGGAGCUGGGCGCCGGCACGCUGAUGAACUAUUGUGCGGAAAUUAUCGCCAGCCACUGGGACGACCUGCGGAAGGAGGACUUCAGUAGCAUGGGCGCCCAGCUGCUGUACAAGAUGAUCAAGUCCAAGACCGAGUACCCGUUGCACAAGGCGAUCAGAGUAGAGAGAGAGGAUGUGGUCUUCCUGUAUCUAAUCGAGAUGGACUCACAGCUCCCUGGAAAGCUGAACGAAGUGGACCAUAACGGAGACCUGGCUCUAGAUCUCGCCCUGUCACGACGACUGGAGAGUAUCGCCACCACGCUGGUUAACCACAAGGCUGACGUGGACAUGCUCGACAGGAACGGCUGGAGCUUGUUGCAUAAAGGAAUCCAGAGGGGAGAUCUCUUCGCUGCCACCUUCCUCAUUAAGAAUGGGGCUCUUGUCAAUGCUGCUACGUUGGGUGCCCAGGAGACACCGUUGCACCUCGUGGCAUCGUGCAGUGCAAAGAAACACUCAGCAGCUGCAAUGUCUGAGAUGGCCCAGAUCGCAGAGUCCCUUCUGCAGGCCGGUGCCAACCCCAACAUGCAGGACAGCAAGGGCAGGACGCCCCUGCACGUGUGCAUCACGGCCAGGAAUGAGCACGUCUUCAGCCAGCUGCUGCAGUGCGAGCGGCUGGAUCUGGAGCUGAAGGACCACGAGGGCAGCACUGCCCUGUGGCUCGCCGUGCAGUACGUCACCAUGUCCCCCGACCACUCCGUGAACCCCUUCGAAGACCUCCCGGUGGUGAACGGGACCUCCUUUGAUGAAAACAGCUUCGCGGCCCGACUCAUCCAGCGCGGCAGCAACACCAACGCCCCAGACACUGUCACAGGGAAUGGCUUACUGCAGCGGGCGGCUGAAGCAGGGAACGAGGCAGCGGCUCUCUUCCUGGCGACCAGUGGCGCCCAGGCCAACCACAGGAACAAGUGGGGAGAAACCCCCUUGCACACAGCCUGCCGCCACGGCCUGGCCGGCCUCACCGCGGAGCUGCUGCAGCAGGGCGCCAACCCGAACCUGCAGACGCAGGAAGCCCCGCCGCCACCAAGGGAGGCCGUGUCCGCCAGCGGCCCCGCGGACGGUGUCUACCUGCAGACCCCGCUGCACAUGGCCAUCGCCUAUAAUCAUCCCGACGUGGUGUCUGUCAUCCUGGAGCAGAAAGCUAAUGCUCUUCAUGCCACCAACAACUUGCAAAUCAUUCCGGACUUCAGCCUCAAGGACUCCCGAGACCAGACGGUGCUGGGCCUGGCCUUGUGGACGGGCAUGCACACGAUCGCGGCGCAGCUGCUGGGCUCUGGGGCCGGCAUCAACGACGCCAUGGCGGACGGGCAGACCUUGCUGCACAUGGCCAUGCAGCGGCAGGACAGCAGGAGCGCGCUCUUCCUCCUGGAGCACCAGGCGGACAUAAACGUCAGGACUCAGGAUGGGGAGACGGCCCUUCAGCUGGCCAUCAGAAACCAGCUUCCGCUUGUGGUGGACGCCAUCUGCACCCGGGGUGCGGACAUGUCCGUGCCAGAUGAGAAGGGGAACCCCCCGCUGUGGCUCGCCUUGGCAAACGGUCUGGAGGACAUCGCAUCCACCCUGGUCAGACAUGGCUGCGAUGCUACGUGCUGGGGCCCGGGACCUGGGGGGUGCCUGCAGACGCUCCUGCACAGGGCCAUCGAUGAGAACAAUGAGUCUACCGCCUGCUUCCUUAUUCGCAGCGGCUGCGACGUGAACAGUCCCAGGCAGCCCGGUCCUAACGGAGAAGGGGAGGAGGAGGCCAGAGACGGGCAGACCCCCUUGCAUCUGGCAGCCUCCUGGGGACUGGAGGAGACGGUACAGUGUCUUCUGGAAUUUGGUGCCAGCGUAAACACACAGGACGCGGAAGGGAGAGCGCCUGUGCACGUGGCCAUCAGCAACCAGCACAGCGUCAUCAUUCAGUUGCUGAUCUCCCACCCCGAUAUCCACUUGAGCGUCCGCGACAGACAGGGGCUGACCCCUUUUGCCUGCGCCAUGACUUACAAGAAUAACCGGGCAGCGGAGGCCAUCCUCAAGCGGGAGUCGGGGGCUGCCGAGCAGGUGGAUAACAAGGGCCGGAAUUUUCUUCACGUGGCAGUUCAGAACUCUGAUAUCGAGAGCGUCCUGUUCCUGAUCAGCGUGCAGGCGAAUGUGAACUCCAGAGUCCAGGAUGCCUCCAAGCUGACCCCUUUGCACCUCGCCGUCCAAGCGGGCUCGGAGAUCAUCGUCCGCAACUUGCUUCUUGCAGGAGCCAGAGUGAAUGAGCUGACGAAGCAUCGCCAGACGGCCCUCCAUCUCGCCGCCCAGCAGGACCUGCCCACCAUCUGCUCCGUCCUCCUGGAGAACGCAGUGGACUUUGCUGCUGUGGAUGAGAAUGGAAAUAACGCUCUGCAUCUCGCGGUCAUGCACGGUCGGCUCAACAACAUCCGGGUCCUCCUGACCGAGUGCACCGUGGACGCCGAAGCCUUCAACCUGCGCGGCCAGUCGCCACUGCACAUCCUGGGACAGUAUGGCAGAGAGAAUGCAGCGACCAUCUUCGAGCUGUUCCUGGAGUGCAUGCCCGAGUACCCUCUGGAUAAGCCGGAUGCAGAAGGGAACACGGUGCUGCUCUUGGCGUACAUGAAAGGGAAUGCCAACUUGUGCCGCGCCGUCGUCCGCUCUGGGGCUCGCCUUGGGGUCAACAAUAACCAGGGAGUCAACAUUUUUAACUACCAGGUCGCCACGAAGCAGCUUCUGUUCAGACUGUUAGACAUGCUGUCCAAGGAGCCUCCAUGGUGCGAUGGGUCCACCUGUUACGAAUGUGCCGCCAAGUUUGGAGUCACGACUCGCAAGCAUCACUGCCGCCACUGCGGACGCCUUCUGUGCCAUAAAUGCUCAACCAAGGAGAUUCCUAUUAUAAAGUUUGAUCUGAACAAGCCCGUGAGGGUUUGCAACAUUUGCUUUGAUGUACUGACUCUGGGGGGGGUCUCUUAGGGAUCCCCCAGGCCACAUCCCGGUCGCCUCGCCGGCAGCUGCUCUGCUCAAGAGCCUGACCCACCCAGAGCAGGAGCUGGCCGUCCCGUCUUCCUGCGGAACAGACUGAACAAUGAAGGACCCAGGGGGGAUUGACCCCAUUACAAGGAUUCCAUUGGGUUGUCCGUGUGUCCGACUGUGAUCAAGGUCACUGGAUGACUUGGUGGACCAAGCCGUGUCGUCUCAGCGGCACCUGUGACAAGAGUUGGACCCCAUUCUGCUUGCAACAUACAGGGACACUUGGAAAACCCCUCCCCUCCCAGUAGUUUAGUGUCCGUGUGGAGCAAUCCCGUGGUCUUCCUGCGCUGGCGGCCGGGCGGGCGGGACCCCGCGGGGGGGUGGCUGGCGGCCCCAUGAGCGCUGCCUUCGCUCUGGGUAAGUGGCAGCACAGUGUUUCCUCAAAGAUUAUAGGAUCCUCUUGCCCCAAGGCUUGUUUUUUAAACGUGAGCUGAUAUUUUUAGUGAGUUCCCCCUUUAAAAAAGGUGAAAUCUUUAUAAACAGGGUUCAGAGAUGAGAGCUGAAAAAUCGUGGCCUUAACAACCGAAAGCUUUACCUGGGUUCAGGAGCGCAGCAUCUGGUUCUCUCGUCUGGCCGCAUGCCGUGCGUGGAGGCCUCGCUCUGCCAUCAGGGCAUGCUGGUGGAGGCACACUAUGUGUUGCAUGACAUGUAGAGCUGCGCUCCGGGGGGUUCGACGUCCACACCUGUACUCAGAGGCCACCUUGCACACGCACGCGCUAGUGACUCUGACGAUUGGCCCUGAUAGGGCCACAGCGCGCACAGGACUGCCGGGCAUCCCCGGGAACCUGCGGGUCACCCGGGCCCAGUGGUGGGGUGUUAAGGGGGAUUGUGUGGCCUCCGGCUGGCAGGCACAGGGGCCCACGGUUCAUGGAGGCUUGCCUAGCGGGUGCGAGCAGGUUUGGAACACGCUGGCUUAUCCGUGGAACGAGGCCCCUGAGCUUUGGGGGCCUUCGUUGCUGCUAGUGCGUGUUGCUAACCCUGUGGCGCUGAAAAGCUCCUUUUGAAGGUUUAGCCAGUUUUUAAAAAAUGCACAUUUAGAGAAACUUCUACCACUGCUUUACAGAAAGAAACUCUGAGAUGAACACGUGUGCCCGUGAGUUACUCUCAGAGCUUAGCAGCGUCGAUCGUAACGCCGACUUUUCAGACCGUGAGCAACCACUACAUUGUUUUUGCGCUAAUGAAGUGUGGGUGUAUGUGUAAAGGGACUAAAUAUCUUGGCAACAGCCUGCUUUUCUUGGUUUGUUUUUUGGACGGUGGUCUGUUGUCUCUGUUGCUGUAGAUUUAUACAGUCUGUUGCCUAAAUGUGUGUGUAAAACAAGCUGAUAAGCCAGAGUGCUACUUUUUAAUAUUUCUGUCAUUUAUGAGACAUAUAUGCUUUCUAUGUUAAUAUGAGCUUGUGCACAAUGUUUAAAAGAAUCAGAAGAGUCCCCUGGUCCUCUAAAGUGUGUGACACGUUUCCUGUAGAACUUCUGCAGAGGAACAACUAGUCUUGGCAGACACUUGACCAUGUGAGGCCCGUGGUCAGCUGAGCAGGACCAUGAGGAAGUAGGGCUUCGUGAGGUAGACCGGUUCUUUAGCUGGAAAGUAAGAUAAUUAUGCUUCAGAUGUGAAUCGAGGCAGUUGGUACUUUUAUGCUUGCUCUUUCCACAUUCAGGGUGGAGAGCGGAGGCUGGGAAGCCCAUCAGGGAUCGGGCUGACGUCCCGCUCCUGCCCUGCCGUUACCAGUUUUAGUAGCCGUCUUGCCUCUUGUUGCACUUAAGUCCUCAAGUCCUGUCUAAAAUACGCCGAGGCCAGCUCCUCUUUGUUCCGGUCCGGGGAUGGCAGAGGUGCCGGGUGGCCCCAGAGUGGGCAAGCGUUUUGGGAGUUCUGCAUGGCUUCGCUGUGUCCUUGAACAUGCGGCAGGACCACGGGGUUCUUGCUGGGCUGCACGAGGCGGGUUCUGUGGCGGCUGCCUGUGGGGCUCUCGCGUCCCAGCCCUUGCUGGCACUGGCCAUGCUGCACGACUGCGGGGCCGUCCCCGUGUCACUUCGGCCUGUAGCCCAGCUGCUAGCGGCAGCAUCUCACUUGCAGUCCUUGAGAGAGCUGCUGGUUGCCCCGAGGUCCGGCGUGCGCAUCUGCAUGUUGCGCCGCCUCAGCUCGGCCGGCCUCCUGCCCGGCGCCAGGCCCACUGCAUGGCGACCUCCGCCUCGGCCCGCGUGCGUGCCCGCGGCCUCACCUAACUGGCUGCAACUCCCAGCGCGGGAACUGGCCACCCAACUUAAGUGCCUACACUUGGGACUUUCCGGUUCUGGUGGUCUGGGCAGACGACGGGGCAGAACGAGUGCUGCGUCCGGGGUCUGCGGCCUGCGCGGUGUCUCCCCGCCACACGCUCCAGCAGUGGGGUCCCUGUGCCCGCUGGCCCUCUACCUCAGCCCCAAGUCCCUGUGGCCGUGCCUGCGUGGAGGCCAGCGGCCCAGCAGGUCGGCCACCUCUCUGCACGCGCCCCCGCCUGGCCUGCCGCCUGGGACCGCGCCGGCCUGGUCCUUAGGCGCAAAGUGGGGGGCGCGCCUCAGGAGGGGCUGCGUGAGUAUUAGACCCAAGGGGUGCACGGGGCCCCCAGACGACGGUGGUACCACGCAGGGCAGUGGGACGCGGUCCUCACGGGAACUGAAGGUCUUCCGGGACCGGGACUGCUCCCCUCAUGACGGGCCCCUCCGCGGGGGCAGGGGCUGGGAAGCCACAUGUCAUCGUCAUUUAAUGCAGUAAUCGCAAGGAGCCAGUGCUUGACCAGAUGCAAACUGAACACCGAAGCAGCCCCCAAAGUCGUCACACAGCCUUAAAGACGUUCUCCGGAAGAUCGCUGCCUGCGCGCUCCCUUUGGUCGCACAAACCCCGCGCUGACCUGUUGCACUCGGCACACAGGCUUUGUAGCAGGGAGACCUGGCUUGGCACCCGCUGGGCUUCGUAGCUGGUCCUCUUGUGGCAGAGGCAUCUGGCUGGCUGUUGCCAUGACAGCUGUGCACGGCGGGGAAAGGGUGGUCUCGGGGCAGGGGCAGGAGGUGCGCGUUUGGGAGGAUCCCUUGGGCUUCCUGCCACGCAGGGCGGUGCUCCGUGCAGGACGGCGGCCUUGGGGUGGGACCUGGAAGGCGCCAAUCAGUGGUGGUCUCUUGGAGUCUGCGUCAUGGAAUGUAUUUUUUAAAUACUGAUAUUUGCAUUUUCUGUAACCAUUCCUUACAAUAAGAUGAGGUAAAAUUGUGCAUUUAAAGUGGAAACUUCAGCAAGACAUUUGUAGUCACUUUUUAAUGCAGAAAUACCAAUAAGCAUUAAAAACGGAUUUUUAACUCCUGA